ACCGCUCAUACGAUUCCGGAUCACGAUCGCACGGCCAGCUCUUAUGAAAAGAAGAAUGGCGGCAACGGCAACGAAGGGGAAGCUGCUCUAUAAAGUAUACAGGGCAUUCAGCUACGGCCUCUCACCAUUGCUGUACCUUCACCUUCGAUGGCGCGUGCUUCGUGGCCUCGAACACCCCCUCCGAUGGCCCGAGCGUCUCGGUAGCCCUUCACAUCCGCGCCCUCCCGGUCCACUCCUCUGGUUCCAUGCCGUUUCUUUAGGAGAAGGUUUGGCUACUGUUCCUAUAAUCAAGCAAUGUAUUCAGAGGAGGCCUGAUCUGAUCAUUUUGAUGACAACAACCACUUAUUCUGCCUUUCAGGUAGUGAAGAAUUGUCUCCCUACUGGUGUCAUAUAUCAGUUUGCUCCACUUGAUACAGCUGCUGCCAUGGACAAUUUCAUCUCAUAUUGGAAGCCAAAAGUUAUCAUGAUAAUGGAGAGUGAACUUUGGCCUAAUCUUAUCUUGGGUGCUUCACAGCAUGGUAUUACUAUGGUAUUGUUAAAUGCUCGGAUGUCUCCUAGGUCCUUUAAGCGUUGGUCAGCACCGGUGCUCCUUCCCCUGAUUUCUUUUAUGCUGUCAAAGUUCUCAUUGAUUCUCCCGUUGAGCAACUUACAGGCUAUUCAGUUCCAGCUACUUCAGGCUCCACCCCUGAUCAUCAGCUUUGCUGGUGAUCUGAAAUUCGCGGUUGAAGAUGGUGGAAUGUCUGAGGAAGAGAUUAAAAAAGUUGAAAAUCUAAGAGCACAAUUGGCUGAAAGACAAGUUUGGAUGGCCUCGUCCAUACAUAGAGGAGAAGAAGAAGUUAUACUUGAAGUUCACCACAUGCUCUUACAAGCACACCCAAAUCUAGUGACUAUUAUCGUACCUCGACAUCCACAACAUGGAAAAGAGAUUGCACAAGCGAUGCAGAAAGAAGGGCAAAAUGUAGUUUUGAGGUCUCAAGGUGGAAACAUUACAUCAGGAGCUAAUAUAUAUGUUGUAGAUACACUAGGUGAACUAAGAUAUUUAUAUGGGAUAACUCCCAUUGCUGUGGUUGGAGGAUCCUUCUUGCCUGGCCUUGCUGGUCAUAACAUAUCAGAAGCUGCUGCAGCUGGCUGUGCUGUUUUGACCGGUCCACAUAUUGGCCAUUUCUCAAGCAUGGUGGUUAAAAUGCAGCAGUUUAAUCGAAUGUCAGUUUUGCAGGUUCAUGGAAAACUAGACCUUGAAGAGGCUCUCAGAAACCUCUUUAAAGAUGACAAAAUUUUGGAAGCACACCGAAUGGCCGCAAAACAAGCGCAGCAGGCUUUGGCGAGUGGCAUUGUUGUGGGCAUUUGGAACUCUCUAAAUUCCAAUGUACUGAGAAGUGCAUUUGGAUAGACGACAUACAUACAGCCAGAAAAUGCAGGACCCUAUAUUGGCUGGCUCUGGUGGACCAAAAAGGAAAUGUUGGUCCAUUGGCAGUGCGUCCCUUUACGGGGUAUUUUCGAAAGGAGAAUCUGAGGUAUUUUGGGAGUUUCUGUUUGAGUAAUUUUUGGUGGGUUUAUUGUUUAUUUAAUUAAAACUUUUUAUGUAAUUUAUAAAAUUACCAUAAGCAAUAAACAAAAAUUGUUAUUGUUGUAGAAAUGUUAUGGUAUUGGUAUCCAAACGACUUUAUGUCAUUGGUAAUUGAUGAAAAUUUGACGGUAGGAGCUUUUUUUUUUU